GACACCCCCAGUCUGUCCUCGAUGCCGUCAGCCUUGGCCAUCUUCACUUGCCGCCCGAACUCGCACCCAUUUCAGGAGCGCCAUGUCUACCUGGACGAGCCCAUUAAAAUCGGCCGCUCCGUGGCCCGCUGUCGACCAGCGCAGAAUAAUGCUACCUUUGAUUGCAAAGUGCUGUCAAGGAACCAUGCUCUCGUCUGGUUUGAUCACAAGACGGGCAAGUUUUAUCUCCAAGACACUAAAAGUAGUAAUGGUACCUUUAUAAAUAGCCAGAGAUUGAGUCGAGGCUCUGAAGAAAGUCCACCAUGUGAAAUUCUUUCUGGUGACAUUAUCCAGUUUGGGGUAGAUGUAACGGAGAACACACGGAAAGUUACCCAUGGGUGUAUUGUUUCCACAAUAAAACUUUUUCUGCCAGAUGGUAUGGAAGCCCGACUUCGCUCAGAUGUCAUCCAUGCUCCAUUACCAAGUCCUGUUGACAAAGUUGCUGCUAACACUCCAAGUAUGUACUCUCAGGAACUAUUCCAGCUUUCUCAGUAUCUACAGGAGGCCUUACAUCGGGAACAGAUGUUGGAACAGAAGUUAGCCACACUUCAGCGGCUACUAGCCAUCACCCAAGAGGCUUCAGAUACCAGUUGGCAGGCUUUAAUAGAUGAAGAUAGACUCUUAUCACGGUUAGAAGUUAUGGGAAACCAAUUACAGGCAUGCUCCAAAAAUCAAACAGAAGAUAGUUUACGGAAGGAACUUAUAGCAUUACAGGAGGAUAAACACAACUACGAGACGACAGCCAAAGAGUCCCUGAGGCGGGUUCUUCAGGAGAAAAUUGAAGUGGUUAGAAAACUUUCAGAAGUUGAGCGAAGUCUGAGUAAUACUGAAGAUGAAUGUACCCAUCUUAAAGAAAUGAAUGAACGGACUCAGGAAGAAUUAAGAGAAUUAGCCAAUAAAUAUAAUGGAGCAGUUAAUGAGAUUAAAGAUUUAUCUGAUAAAUUAAAGGUAGCAGAGGGAAAACAAGAAGAAAUCCAACAGAAGGGACAAGCUGAGAAAAAAGAAUUACAACAUAAAAUAGAUGAAAUGGAAGAAAAAGAACAGGAGCUCCAGGCAAAAAUAGAAGCUUUGCAAGCUGAUAAUGACUUCACCAAUGAAAGGCUAACAGCUUUACAAGUACGGUUAGAACAUCUUCAGGAGAAAACUCUUAAAGAAUGCAGCAGUUUAGGGAUACAAGUUGAUGACUUCUUACCUAAAAUAAAUGGGAGCACAGAAAAAGAGCACUUGCUUUCAAAGAGUGGCGGGGACUGCACUUUUAUUCAUCAAUUCAUAGAAUGCCAGAAGAAGCUGAUCGUCGAGGGGCAUCUAACCAAAGUGGUAGAAGAAACAAAGCUUUCAAAAGCAAAUCAGGCAAGAGCAAAAGAAUCUGAUUUGUCAGAUACUCUGAGUCCAAGCAAGGAAAAAAGUAGUGACGACACUACAGACGCCCAAAUGGAUGAGCAAGACCUAAAUGAACCUCUUGCUAAAGUGUCCCUAUUAAAAGAUGACUUGCAGGGUGCACAGUCAGAAAUUGAGGCAAAACAAGAAAUUCAGCAUCUUCGCAAGGAAUUGAUUGAAGCCCAGGAACUAGCUAGAGCGAGUAAACAAAAAUGCUUUGAACUUCAAGGUGAGAUAUUUUUAUUUUUAGCUCUUUUGGAAGAAGAAAGAAAAGCCUAUCGAAAUCAAGUUGAGGAAUCCAGUAAACAAAUACAGGUUCUUCAAGCCCAGCUACAGAGGUUACACAUCAAUAUUGAGAAUCUCCGGGAGGAGAAAGACAGUGAAAUCACAAGCACUCGAGAUGAACUGCUUAGUGCCCGAGAUGAAAUUUUGCUCCUUCAUCAAGCAGCAGAAAAGGCUGCUUCUGAGCGGGACACUGACAUUGCCUCGUUACAAGAAGAGCUUAAGAAGGUGCGAGCUGAGCUUGAGCGGUGGCGGAAAGCAGCGUCUGAAUAUGAGAAAGAAAUCACGAGUCUGCAAAAUAGUUUUCAGCUUCGAUGUCAGCAGUGUGAGGAUCAGCAGAGAGAGGAAGCAACAAGGCUACAAAGUGAACUAGAGAAGUUGAGAAAGGAAUGGAAUGUAUUGGAAACCGAAUGCCAUUCUCUAAAAAAGGAAAAUGUUUUGUUAUCAUCAGAACUGCAGCGGCAAGAAAAAGAAUUGCACAAUUCUCAGAAGCAGAGUUUAGAGCUUACCAGUGAUCUCAGCAUCCUUCAGAUGACUAGAAAACAGCUUGAGAAUCAAGUGGGAUCCUUGAAAGAACAGCAUCUUCGGGAUUCAGCUGAUUUAAAAACUCUUCUCAGUAAGGCUGAAAACCAAGCAAAGGAUGUACAGAAAGAGUAUGAAAAGACACAGACUGUACUCUCAGAACUGAAGUUGAAGUUUGAAAUGACUGAGCAGGAAAAACAAUCAAUCACAGAUGAGCUCAAACAAUGUAAAGACAACCUGAAGCUGCUCCGAGAGAAAGGAAAUAAUAAACCCUGGCCCUGGAUGCCCAUGUUGGCUGCCCUGGUUGCGGUGACAGCCAUCGUGCUGUACGUGCCAGGUCUGGCCAGAGCUUCUCCAUGAGAGCGUUUCUUGAGUCCGUACACCGUCCUCCCUUUAGAAGCUGGCAUCACACUCAUGCUGGGGACAAACAGAACCAUUUUCUUCCUUUUUACCUCUUAAGACAGCAGAAGUGCAAGAAUACAGCUGUAGGGUCAUUGCUUUAAAUUAUAUAAAAUGUAUCUAUCUAUAAAGAGGAUAUAAAAUUGUGACUUUAUUCUACUGUAAGCAAUAAUUUGCUUGCAAUUUUUCAUGUAAUUUUUAAAUUAGUAUGUUGAGAUUCUGAAUAUUAUGGUGGCCUAAAGUAGGCUUCUUGGUACACCAAAUUAUUUAUAACAUUAAAUUUAUGGGUAUUUUACUCUGAAUUCUAAUGGCCAGAUAAUUCAUUUUUCUGAUUCGAUAACUACCCAAACCAAACAACCAAUACAUACAUGGGAAGAGAGGCCCUGUGUGCUCAGUGCCUAUCAGUUUGAAAUAUAUACACAUAUAUAUAUAUUUUUUACAUAUUUACGCCAUUUUUACUUGUUAUAAAACCACUGAGCUAUUGGGAACAAGACUUAGAGACAACUAUUUGCGUGGACCUUUCUUUCUUUCUUUCUUUCUUUCUUUCUUUCUUUCUUUUAAGGAGAAAUACACUUGGAAAAUAUUCUGUUCUAGUGAUAAUUAGGGGAAUAUGUGCACGCUUGUUCAGCCUUAAUGUGACUUGACGAUGUGGAGGACAUCAACUUUGAAAAACUUUCCAUGAGAGUGUGUAUUUUCUUGAGCAAACUGAAGUAUUUCUGGGAGCAAAAACAGUAAUUCUACAAUUUCAGUGCAGUAAACCAAACUGUUGAGUCAAUUGGAAUGUAAUUUAUUAAACCUCAUGUAUUUAAAG